AUAUAUUCUUUAUGCAUUCGAAUGUACCUCUCCACUUUCUAAGAGGCAGUUUAAGAAAGAUUCCGAUCGGGGCCUAAGUCAACAAACAUUGAAUACAUCAAUAACUAUAUAUAGAACGUAUUACAAUACACAAUUCACAUCAAUGUACACAUACCUAUGCACCUACAUAAAAACAAAUCAUUGAGUAAACACCAAAAUUGAAGCCGACACUGCCAACGAAUUAAUAAAAAAAAAAGGGUUGAUCACUCCAAUCACUGAAUAGCAACAAUGAACAAGGACGGCUGCUAUACGUACGUGCAUAUGCAACAGCCUCGCGACGCCGACAUGUUCGAGGACUUCUUCAAGGACAAGCUGCCCGACGACGAGAUCUACGUACCGCCCUACAACCAACCCAUCAACCCUGAGGAUGAGGACGAUGUGGUGCCCGAUCAGCACGCCGCCUUUGGCAUCCAGAAGGCUACCCAGCGCAGCAAAGAGCCCGUCUGGAAGGAUUUAGGUCUGGCCGAACUCAUGGGCAAAGGACCGUCCGUCACUGGCAUCGGAGGCGCGAGUGGAGGUCCAAGUCGAACGCAUGGCAAAGGAUACAAAGGUCUGCCAAGAUAAUAAAAACCCCCCUCCAAAAAACAACCAACCUGAGGGAUUGGAUAUCAAUGAUAUGAUAUAUAUAUAUAUAUAUAUAUAUAUAUAUAUAUAUAGAGAGAGAGAGAGAGAGAGAGAGA